UUCAAGCGGAUGACUUCUCGGCAAGAAUCUUGGUGGAGUCUCUGAACCAACCAACCCUGUUUUACAGCUUCUACUUCCUUUUUCCACCCAUAGAUUCCUCGUUUUCUCCUCCUCUGUUCUUUGAUCUAGCCAUUUCACCAUGUUCUCCAAAUUCGAUUCUGGUCCAUCUCCAUUGAAGAAGAAGCUCAAGACCAUUGACAUGGACGACGCAUUCUCCAGACCCUUUGAUCAUCUCACAGAGGAGAUCAUCUUCGUGAUUCUCGACCAUCUUCACGACGAUCCUUUUUCUCGUAAAUCCUUCUCUCUCGUCUGCAAAUCCUUCUACUCCACCGAAUCACAACACCGGAAAUCUCUAAGACCACUGCGCUCCGACCUGAUUCGAAGUAUCGCUCGUCGAUACCCAUCCAUUUCGAAACUUGACCUAUCCCUUUGCCUUCAUGUCGAGGAUUCGUUUUUGAAUGCGAUAUCGUGUGCUUGGAAAAUGACGUUGUUUUCCAUCGAUCUGUCCCGGUCUAGGUCGUUUUCGAAUGCGGGAUUGUCGAAUUUGGUUACGAAUUGUGCUGGAUUGGUUGAGAUUAACUUGUCGAAUGGGGUUGCACUGACGGAUUCGGCGUUGAAGGUCAUAGCGGAGGCCAAAAACUUGGAGAAAUUGUGGUUGGCGAGGUGUAGGUCGAUUACGGAUAUGGGGAUUGGUUGUGUUGCUGUUGGAUGUAGAAAGCUGAAAGUCUUGUGUCUGAAAUGGUGCGUGCAUAUUACUGAUAUGGGUGUUGGUUUGAUUGCAACGAAGUGCAAGGAGCUAAGGAGUUUAGACCUAUCUUUCUUGCCGAUUACUGAGAAAUGUCUUCAGCCAAUUCUUCAACUGCAACAUCUUGAAGAGCUAGUUCUUGAGGAAUGCCAUGGAAUUGAUGAUGAAGGCCUUGCAGCCUUAGAGCGUUACUGCAAGAGAAACUCAUUGAAGUUGCUUAAUCUGACUCGCUGUCAAAGUAUCGGUCAUUCUGGUUUGUCUUCUUUGAUUAAUGGUUCUGAAGAUCUUCAACAGCUCAUCUUAUCAUAUGGCUCUUCAAUCACAACGGAUAUGGCAAAAUGUCUGCAUAAUUUUUCUGGUUUGCAAUCAUUAAAAUUGGAUUGUUGUUCACUUACGACUUCUGGGUUAAGAGCCAUUGCUAAUUGGCGUGCAUCACUUAAGGAGCUUAGCUUAAGCAAGUGUGCAGGGGUGACUGAUGAGUGUGUCUCCACCCUUGUGCAAAAACACGAUCAGUUGAGGAAAUUAGACAUCACUUGCUGCCGCAAGAUAACUUAUGCAUCCAUUAACAGCAUUACAAGUUCAUGUUCUUCCCUCGUUUCGCUUAAGAUGGAAUCUUGUAGCCUAGUUCCUAGAGAGGCUUAUGUAUUGAUAGGAAAACACUGUCCAUACUUGGAGGAACUUGACGUUACUGACAACGAGAUCGACAAUGAAGGCUUGAAGUCUGUCUCCAAAUGUUCAAGGCUUAGUGUUCUGAAGCUGGGAAUUUGCUUGAAUAUAAACGAUGAUGGUCUAUCCCACAUUGCAAAUGGCUGUCCAAAAAUCAAAGAGCUUGAUUUAUACAGGUCGACUGGAAUAACUGACAGAGGCAUUGCAGCAACCGCUGGGGGCUGUCCUGCUCUUGAGAUGAUUAACAUUGCUUAUAACAAUAAAAUUACAGAUUCUUCGUUAAUAUCCUUGUCAAAAUGUUUGAGGUUAAAAGCACUUGAAAUUCGAGGGUGUUGUCGCAUUUCACCCAUCGGCCUCGCAGCCAUAGCAAUGGGAUGUAAGCAGCUUACUGUGCUAGAUAUAAAGAAAUGUGUCAAUGUAAAUGAUGAUGGGAUGCUUCCACUUGCCCAAUUCUCUCACAAUCUGAAGCAGAUAAACUUAUCAUACUGUUCGGUUACAGAUGUUGGGCUAUUGUCUCUAGCUAGCAUUAAUUGCCUGAGAAACAUGACCAUCUUGCAUUUGGCUGGCUUGACUCCAGAUGGUCUCACUGCCGCCCUGCUGGUAUGUGGGGGUCUAAGAAAGGUGAAGCUGCACUUGUCAUUCAAAUCCUUGCUUCCCCCGUCUUUUCGUAAGUACCUGGAAACCCGUGGAUGCGUAUUGUACUGGAGGGACAAAGCAUUCCAGGUUGACCAAGACGAUAAAGAUUGGAACUUGCACAGUGGGAAAAGCUUAGGAUACUCAACAUAAUCCAUGGCAAUGAUUUCAAAACUUACACACUCUAGACAGGUAGCUUGGCAUUAAGCAGCCAUGAUCCAAAAAAUAGCUUGCUUGAUAUUUAGCAUAGCCAAUGACUAAAGAUAUCACAGCUUGAUCUACUCAUCACAGGGCUGCUGCUGGUUCUCCUGCUACCCAUUUCUCGCUUACAGCACGCACCCCCGAAUGCCAAGGCAGGCCUUCUCCCAGGGCAAGAUGCGAGAGAUUCGACUCAACACGGGUCCGCAACAGAGGGCGACCUGUGUAUUGAUGCAGAUGACCAUAUGUUUGAAAAUAUGAACUUGAUAAAGCUGUAAAUAUGUUGCUUUGGAAACUGUGAGAAAGAAGGCGUUGGUUGAAUUAGUGUUGAAAUUGUAGAGAGUAAAAAAAGGGAAGGCGUAGGCCAUGUCUUGAGGAGUAUGGGGAAGACUCUCCCAAAUUCUCCGGGAAUUGAAGCCUGAAUCUGUAAACCCAGAUCCUCUUUCUUCUCAGCAAUGCCUCAACAUUACAUGUGCUCUCUUUUCAAUCA